AUGUCCGCGCUCUCUGUAAACGCCGGAGAAGAUGAAGAGGAAAUACGAACACCAGCCGUUCAUGUCAGAUGUUCUCAUGGACGCACGCUGGGUGUUCCCAACGCUAUGUGCUUCUGCGGCGUGAAUGCUAGAGAUAUAGAAGGCGCCACAUCUGCUACCUACAGCGUAGAUGCUAGAGAUAUAGAGGGCGCCACUCCUGCCACUUACAGCGUGGAUGCUAGAGAUAUAAAGGGCGCCACAUCUGCUAUCUUCAGCGUGGAUGCUAGAGAUAUAGAGGGCGCCACUUCUGCCACUCACAGCGUGGACGCUAGAGAUAUAGGGGGCGCCACUUCUGUUACCUACAGCGUGGAUGAUAAAAAUAUAGAGGGCACCACAUCUGCUACCUACAGCGUGGAUGCUAGAGAUAUAGAGGGCGCCACUUCUGCCACUCACAGCGUGGAUGCUAGAGAUAUAGAGGGCGCCACUUCUGCCACUCACAGCGUGGAUGCUAGAGAUAUAAAGGGCGCCACUUCUGCCACUCACAGCGUGGAUGCUAGAGAUAUAGAGGGCACCACGUCUGCUACCUACAGCGUGGAUGCUCAGGCUAUAGAGGGCGCCACCCACAGCGCGGAUGCUAGAGAUAUAGAGGGCGGGACAUCUGCUAUUCAAUCUAUUGAAGUUGGAACUACAGCGAGAACGAAAUCUCCUUCUCCAUCUAAUGAAGUUGAAACUGCUACAGAUAACGGCCGCACGCCCGAGCACUACCUUAGCAAUGCGAAACAGCAUCGCAUCGACAUUGACUCCCUGCUGACCGGCGAGGCAGCGAGGCGUCGGGUGGAGAGCGCGCGGACAGCGUCUGUCUCUCAGGCGGCGGAUGGUGGAGCUAUAGAGAGCGCCACCCACAGCGCGGGUGCUGAAGCGAUUGAGGGCGCCACUUCUGCCACUCACAGCGUGGAUGCUAGAGAUAUAGAGGGUGCCACUUCUGCUACCUACAGCGUAGAUGCUAGAGAUAUAGAGGGCGCCACUUCUGCCACUUACAGCGUGAAUGCUAGAGAUAUAGAAGGCGCCACAUCUGCUACCUACAGCGUAGAUGCUAGAGAUAUAGAGGGCGCCACUCCUGCCACUUACAGCGUGGAUGCUAGAGAUAUAAAGGGCGCCACAUCUGCUAUCUUCAGCGUGGAUGCUAGAGAUAUAGAGGGCGCCACUUCUGCCACUCACAGCGUGGACGCUAGAGAUAUAGAGGGCGCCACUUCUGUUACCUACAGCGUGGAUGCUAAAAAUAUAGAGGGCACCACAUCUGCUACCUACAGCGUGGAUGCUAGAGAUAUAGAGGGCGCCACUUCUGCCACUCACAGCGUGGAUGCUAGAGAUAUAGAGGGCGCCACUUCUGCCACUCACAGCGUGGAUGCUAGAGAUAUAGAGGGCACCACUCUGCUACCUACAGCGUGGAUGCUCAGGCUAUAG